AUGGGACAGGACCUGGUGGGCAGCGCUCCGCCUCAGAGGAACUGGAAGGGGAUCGCCAUUGCCCUGCUGGUCAUCCUCAUCAUCUGCUCCCUGAUCGUCACCUCAGUCAUCUUGCUGACCCCUCGGGAGGAUGACAGUCUAGCCCUCAAGAGGAAGGUCACCGUGGAGGACGUCUUUGGUCCAGACCUUCGCAUCCAUGACCCAGAUGCCAAAUGGCUCAGCAGCAAUGAGCUGCUGUACCGUACACGGGAGGGUGACGUCGUCCAGCUCAACGUUGACACCCUGGAGAAGGUUGUGCUGGUGGAGAACAAGAUGUUUGAAACCUACAAGGCCACCAAGUACCAGAUCUCUGCGGACAUGCAGCACGUGCUGCUGGCGUUCAGCAUCCGGCCGGUGUACCAGCGCUCCCACGUGGCCAGCUACAUCAUCUGCAGCCUUGUCACACCGGAGACGUGGAGUCUGAACCCUCCAGAGGUGCGUAACGCUGUCCUGCAGUACGCUGGAUGGGGACCUCAAGGCCAGCAGCUGAUCUUCAUAUUUGAAAACAACAUCUACUACAGGGCCACGGUCGAGAGCCGCACAAUUCGCCUGGUGUCCACCGGCAUAGAGGGGGUGGUCUUCAACGGCCUCGCAGACUGGCUGUACGAAGAGGAAAUCCUGCAGACCCACAUCGCCCACUGGUGGUCUCCAGAUGGGCUGUGGCUGGCCUACACCACCAUCAAUGACACCCUGGUGCCCAAGAUGGAAAUUCCCAUGUUCACAGGCGCCGCCUAUCCGAGUGGCGUAGAGUAUCACUACCCCAAGGCUGGCGAGGAGAACCCUGUAGUGCACCUGUCAGUGGUGAGUCUGAACGGCCCCCUGCACACUGUGGUGAUGAAGAAACCAGAUGACCCCAGGAUAGGGAGUGAGUAUUAUAUAACCAUGGUGAAGUGGGCCACCAGCACCAAGCUGGCUGUCAACUGGCUGAACAGGGCCCAGAACAACUCCAUCCUGACGUUAUGUGAAGCAAUGACUGGAGUCUGCAUUAAGAAACACGAGGACGAGAGUGAGAGCUGGCUGCACAGACAGAAUGAAGCGCCACUCUUCUCCCAGGAUGGAUUGAAAUUCUUCCUCACCAGAGCCAUCCCUCAGGGGGGGAGAGGGAAGUUCUUUCACAUCUCCAUGUCCACUUCUAAGCCCAACACCAGCGUAGACAUCCUGCAGUCCCUGACUUCUGGGGACUGGGACGUCACCAACAUACUGGCCUACGACCAUGACAGAAACCUCAUAUACUUUCUGAGCACCGAGGACGACCCAAAACGAAGACACUUGUACAGUGCUGAUACGAUCCCCCCCUUCAACCGGCGCUGCCUGUCAUGUGAGUUCAGAUGUGGCUAUGUGGACGGGUCCUUCAGCCAUGACAUGAAGUACUUCUUACUCAACUGCAAAGGCCCAGAUGUACCCAGCGUGGCCGUCUACAGCACCGAGGACAAGCAGAAGCUGUUUGACCUGGAGACCAACGAGAGGCUGAACAACACCUACCACAGCAUGCAGAUGCCCAAAGUGGAAUAUGAGACUAUCACCAUAGACGACUACACUCUGACCAUGCAGAUUCUGAAGCCAGCUGGAUUCGUGGACUCGGCCCACUACCCUUUACUGCUGAUAGUGGACGGCACCCCCGGUGGCCAGAUGGUAACAGAACAGUUCUGGGUGGACUGGGCCACGGUUCUGGUCAGCAGCUUCAGCACCAUUGUCAUUCGCUUUGACGGUCACGGCAGCGGCUUCCAGGGCACCAACCUGCUGCACAGAGUGAGGAGGAAGCUGGGCAAGCUGGAGGAGCGAGACCACCUGGAAGCUCUCAGACUCAUAUCAAAAGAACCUUACAUUGAUAAAAAUCGGAUGGGCGUGUAUGGAAAGGUCUAUGGAGGAUAUUUGGCCACCAUACUUCUGACCUCUGAGGAGUUCACCCAGCUUCAGUGUGGCGCGGCCGUCUCCCUCAUCACAGACUUCGAGUUAUAUGCCUCGGCCUUCUCUGAGCGGUACCUGGGCUCCCCAAAGACAGACUCUCGGGUAUAUCAGAUGGCAAAUUUAGCCCACAGACCCGGUCAGUUGCAAGAUAAGCAGUACUUGAUAAUCCAUCCGACCGCUGACGAAAAGGUCCACUUCCAGCACACAGCCAAAUUCAUCAACCACCUAAUCGGCGAGAAAGCCAAUUAUUCUUUACAGAUUUACCCAGACGAAGGCCACUUCCUACACAGCGACGGGACACAGCAGCAUCUGAGCCAGUCACUGGUCAACUUCUUUGAGGAGUGUUUCCGGCUGCCGGACGUAAUGGCCGAGGAGCAGCAGGAGGACGAGGACGACGGUUAAAACAAACGAAAAAGCUCUCCAUCCAAACACUCCAGCGAAGCUACUGCAGCACAAUAUGCAACAGAUCUGUCGACUCCUCACACCCACCCCGCUGCCGCCCAACAGGAUCUGUGCCCUUUGCUCUGGGAGCGCCGUCCUACCUGCAUGUGCAUACUAAGGGCCUCACCCUCCAUCCCUCCACCUCACCUUCUGCUG